AUGUCGGAGGAGGAAAAGACUUCCACUCCCAGCAAGCUCUCAGCUGCACCCAGUAGCCUCCGUGCCGAGUCACCAACUACAGCGCGACCCAUGGACUUUGAUGAUGAACCCCAGGAAUCUGGGUCAGCCUCUACCAAUGCAGGACCGACUGCCACCGACUCCCCGGCUAUCCCGCCAAAGCCCCCUCGCCCGGCGAGCCCCAGAGAACAGUCGUUGAGCACAUUGCAAGAGGCAUUCCCAUCGAUUGAUGCUACAGUUGUCAGGGCUAUACUACAAGCUAGCAACUGGAAUGUUGAACGCGCCUUCCAUGCCCUCCUCGGCAUGACUGAUCCCACUGCGCAAGAGGAAAUGGUACCUCCUCCUAAGCCGCCUCGCCCCACCCAAUCCUCGACCUCGCAACGACAACUGGAGGCCGACGAACAGUAUGCGCGCCAACUGGCUCAACAUUACAACGCAUCUGGAUCCAGACGCCAGGCCCCAGCUCCAGGGUGGGAGAACGACCCGCGAUUCCGUCAACCACGAGGAAGUGAAGAUUCAGAAGAAAGGGAAUAUAGCUUCUUUGACGAUGAUUUGCCUGUAAUUCGCGAGAAUCUGCGCAAGGGAUUUUUGGAAACACAGUCCAAGGUCAACUCUUGGGUCACAAACCUGAAGAAGAAGCUUGAUGGUGAGGAGGAGGAGGAAGCGCAAUCCAGCCAGAACUACGAGCCACCUCAGACCUAUGGCCGCACAGCACGGCGCAGCGGCGACAUUGCUCGUCGCAGUGGGGACCGAGAGCGAUACGACGCAGACCCUCAAUUGUUCACCGAUGAUUUCUCCGCUCUCGAGUUGAGAGAUUCUGAAGCUCCCCCGUCCCGUCCACCACGCCCCUUGGCAGGCGUAGUCCCAAGAACAACAAAGUCACCGUCACCUGAUCGACGAACGGUUUCAUUUCAAGAUGGCCCACCUACAGAGAUCAAUACUAAUUUUGAUGCAUCUCGCAACACCGCUAGUGCGGGCAAGUCCAACAAGUGGCAGCCCUUGGCCAACGUCGAGCCAUCUCCCGUGGCUGAGAAUGACCCCUUCAGUCUCGGAGAUAGUGAUGAUGAGAAGGAUACGACCACCAAGGAACAUGUAUCGGAGAGUGUGCCGAUUAAGAAGGGUACCGCGGAGGCCGUAUCAGGUGAAACCACUUCUGACGCUAAGGAUAGCAAGAAGUCCGAAGAACCUUCGAAAUAA